UCAUCUCCGAAACCUCCUUGUUGUAGUGACUUCUGCACCUCUGAGGAGGGCAAGGUGAUCAAUCCAAGAUGAAGUUCUACAUCGAUGAUUUACCAAUUCUUUUCCCUUAUCCAAAAAUAUACCCGGAACAAUAUGCAUACAUGUGCGAUCUCAAAAGAACGCUGGACAGUAAUGGCCACUGUGUAUUGGAAAUGCCUUCAGGAACAGGUAAAACAGUCUCUCUGUUAAGCUUGAUCGUUUCUUAUCAACGAUUCUAUCCAGCAGCAAGAAAGUUGAUCUAUUGUUCACGUACGGUUCCCGAGAUUGAGAAAGCGUUAACGGAAUUGAAAAGGUUGAUGGAAUACCGUGCACGCUAUAAUGAUCCAGGCUCGAAUCCACCUUGUCAAAGAGAUACACCACUGCCAAAAGGGCAAGGAGAACAAGAGGAUACACUUGCUUUAGGCUUGAGUAGUCGUAAGAACCUAUGUGUUCAUCCAAGUGUAGGAAGGGAACGAAAAGGCAAAACGGUCGAUGCAAGAUGCAGAGAUAUGACGAAUGCAUGGGUUUGCGAAAGGGGAAGAAAAGAGCCGGGAAGUGUGGAAUUGUGUAGCUUUCACGAAGAAUUAGGGAAAUUGGAACCUGGUCAUCUACUACCAAGAGGCGUAUGGACGUUGGAAGAUGUGAAAGAAUACGGCAAACAAAAAGGAAUAUGUCCUUACUUUGCUGUGAGAAGGAUGAUGCCUUUUGUUGAUAUCAUCAUUUACUCUUUCCACUAUCUGUUGGAUCCAAAAGUUGCUGAGCAAGUGUCAAAAGAAAUGAGCAAGGAUGCGAUCGUGGUGUUCGAUGAAGCGCACAAUAUCGAUAACGUUUGCAUUGAAUCGCUGAGUAUCGAUCUUACAAGACCGAUGCUUGACAGUGCUUAUCGUAGUAUUGGUCAAUUGGCCGACCGAGUGGAAGAAGUAAAAAGGACGGAUGCCUCGAAACUGCAAGAAGAGUAUGCACGACUCGUGGAAGGAUUGCAAGAUCAAGCCGAAGAUAGAGAAGCGGAUACAUUCAUGAACAAUCCCGUCUUACCAGAAGAUCUACUACAAGAAGCCGUGCCUGGUAAUAUUCGAAGGGCAGAGCAUUUUGUCGCUUUCCUCAAACGAUUCAUCGAAUACCUGAAAACUCGUAUGCGUGUCUUGCACGUUGUGGCCGAAACUCCACCAAGUUUCCUGCAGCAUCUCAAAGAUAUCACAUACAUUGAAAGAAAACCCUUGAGAUUCUGUGCUGAGCGAUUACGACUGCUCGUCUCAACGUUGGAAUUGACUAGAUUGGACGAGUAUUCAAGUCUACAAAAGGUGGCAGCUUUUGCUACCCUUGUGGCGACGUACGACAAAGGAUUCUUGUUGAUCCUGGAGCCUUUUGAGACGGAGCAUGCAACGGUUCCGAACCCCAUCUUCCAUUUGACUUGUUUGGAUGCAAGUAUCGCGAUCGCACCCGUGUUCGAACGAUUCAGCUCAGUGAUCAUCACUUCUGGUACGAUCUCACCAUUGGACAUGUAUCCCAAGAUGCUGAAGUUCGAAACAAUCGUUCAAGAAACAUAUCCGAUGACAUUGACAAGACAAUGUUUCAUGCCUCUCGUAAUCACACGUGGUUCGGAUCAAGUGGCAAUCUCUUCACGAUUUGAAGUGAGAAAUGAUUUGGCUGUCGUUCGUAAUUAUGGUAAUAUCUUGAUCGAUUAUGCAAAGAUUGUUCCUGAUGGAAUCGUUGCCUUCUUUCCAAGUUAUCUAUAUAUGGAAAGUAUUGUGGCUGCAUGGCACGAUAUGGGUAUCUUGGAUGAUGUUUGGAAGUACAAGCUAGUUUUCAUCGAAACGCCCGAUGCACCUGAAACGAGUAUUGCCUUGGAGAAUUACCGACGAGCAUGUGAUAAUGGAAGAGGAGCAAUCCUGCUAUCAGUCGCACGUGGAAAGGUAUCAGAAGGAAUCGAUUUUGAUCAUCAUUACGGAAGGGCGGUGAUUAUGUUUGGUGUUCCAUAUCAAUAUACCGAAUCAAGAAUCCUAAAAGCAAGAUUAGAGUUCUUACGUGAUAAUUAUCGUAUAAAAGAAGCUGCUUUUUUAACUUUCGAUGCUAUGCGACAUGCUGCUCAAUGUGUCGGUAGAGUUUUACGUGGUAAAACUGAUUAUGGUUUAAUGAUCUUUGCCGAUAAACGUUUUGCACGAGCUGAUAAACGCGAUAAACUUCCUCGUUGGAUUGCAGCUCAAAUAGAUGAAGCUCAUUCGAAUUUGUCUAGUGAUAUGGCUUUGGUUGAAAGUGCAAGAUUUUUGAAACAAAUGGCUCAGGAUAUGCCAACUACCGGUAAGAACGGCGUUAGUUUAUGGGACGUAACGGAUAUCGAAAAAAGACAAGCAAAAGAGAAGGAACAUUUCGAAAAAUUGAUGUUGGAAGGCAUCCAGGAAGGUCAGCCGACAAAUGGAGAUGGAGGUGGAGAUGAGGCAAUGGACGUUGAUCCAGAUGACGAAUUUGCAGAGGCUUUUGGCGGUGAUGACGAUGAAGUUCUAGCGGCCAUGGAUACUUUUGACCCGGAAGAAGAGAUUGAAGCGUAAUACUAGAAUGUACAUCCAACAAAUACACUUGUAUCAUAUCAUAUCAAUCCUAUUCAAUAACUUACCU